AUGCUGUUGGAAUCUUGCUGGACAGCCCUUGUCCACUUCUUUGGCUUCCAAUCUUUGUUCUCAUCUCAACAGUAUCCACUUCCGCCCAAUGGAGCAAUAGAAUACCCAAGUUCGCCUACUGCGGCAGCCGGUCAAGCUGACCCGACAGAUGUGCUGGAAUUCCAACCCCUUGGUGCCUCGAAGAACUUUAAGUGCCAGUAUCCGGGGCUGAAAGACAAAUACCUAGCCACACCGAAUGGAAACCAGAGUCUUUGGCUCCAGCCAUCGCAACAAACCAGCCAGGAUGAGGUGUAUGACAUUGAUACGGACUAUGAAAUAAAAGCACCCACAGGCAUAACUCGAGAUAUCUACGUUGAUGUGAGUAAACUGGACUCGAACGAUGCGCUGGCACCCGACGGUGUCUCGUUCCCGGAAGGAAAAUAUAUUAACGGCUCAUAUCCUGGUCCGCGGAUCGAGGCGUGUUGGGGUGAUACAGUUCGUGUCCAUGUCACGAACAAGGUGGAUAAGAACGGAACUGCAAUUCAUAUGCAUGGAAUCCGUAUGUUCAACAGCAGUUAUUCGGAUGGUGUUCCAGGUGUCACCCAGUGUCCUAUUGCUGUGAACGAUACAUUCACCUACGAAUUUCAAGCGAUACAGUAUGGCACGACGUGGUACCAUAGCCAUUACAGCCUCCAAUACACUGAUGGCAUGCUUGGACCGUUGACUAUCUACGGACCUGCAUCGAGCGCCUUCGCCAAAUGGACUUAUGGAGUGGUUGAGGGGAAUAGUCCUGUGAUCCAGAUGGAUAGCAUCCUCAUCAAUAACAAAGGCAGCUGGGCGGGUAAAUAUCCGGACAACCGAUACAAGACAGAUCAGCUCAAGCCGGGCAAGAAGUAUCUCCUCCGGCUGAUUAAUGCCGCAACAGACACCGCCUUCAUUUUCAGUAUCGACGAACAUAAGAUGAAGGUCAUCGGUGCAGAUUUGGUGCCCGUCCAUCCCUAUGACAUGGAUUCUUUAUAUAUUGGAAUUGGUCAGCGGUACCACGUCAUCGUAGAAACCAAAUCCGACCCCGAAGAUAUAAACCGAAAUUAUUGGAUUCGAACUUGGCCUGCCUCAGGCUGUCACAAUUUCGCCUGUGAACCAAAUGAAAGACAGGGUAUCUUUCAGUACAAUACCACGGAUCUUGAGGACCCCAUAUCCACUCCAUAUAGACCACCUUAUGGAGGACAGUGUCGGGAUGAAGACCAUGACAAGCUGAUCCCGGUGUUCCCUUGGAUGAUACCGAAGCCAACACCGGAUCAACUGCAGCAGGUCAGGUUUCCGUUCGACCUACUGAAACAGGACAAAUUCACAAUGCCCGCUGAAGACGGAUGGAACGGUACUGAUGAGACAAUAGGCGCAUGGCAGGUCAACGGGGCACCUGCCUGGGUGAACUAUCAAGAUCUGACUGUGAAUCACCUGGACGGCAAUUAUACCUGGCCUGAAAAUGCUGCUCUCUUUGAACUGAAUUCGGACCCAGAUACGGAUGAACCAACAUGGGCAUAUAUGGUGAUAGACGGUGGACAUCAAGAUGAAGAAGAAAAGCCCCCUGGAGAGAAGGUCGUUCCUGCCGCGCACCCGAUGCAUCUGCAUGGUCAUGAUUUCGCUCUGCUGAAGCAAUCAUACGACCCAUUCGACGAUGACAUCGGUAAUGAUCCUAACGCUAUGCAGGGCUUCAUCGACAGUCUCUCAUAUGAUAAUCCGGCUCGUCGCGACGUUGUUUUGCUACCCAAAAAUGGCUACAUUGUGAUUGCUUUCAAGCUUGAUAAUCCAGGCACGUGGCUGCUGCAUUGCCACAUUGCCUGGCAUGCCUCUGGUGGCUUGGCUUUGCAAAUUCUUGAAGAUAAAGACAAGAUUAAGGAGCUAUUAGACAAAGAUAUCAAUCCGGGUCAAACCGCACGGGACCAAAUUGACGAUGGAUGCACGGGGUGGAAGGAAUGGUGGGAUAACAAAGAGAAUCGCUGGAAUGCAUCUGCGAGAUUCCAAGAUGACUCUGGAGUCUGAGACGCAUCCCAGGGAGACAUAUGG